UCCCUUCCCGUGGGGAGGUCAGAGGUGGGGACUGUCGGUCGGCAGCUGGGGCUGCAGUCCGGUGGGCAGGACUGGUGGCGGCGGCAUGGACCUCAGCUUGAGUAUUGUGGCCCGGGACGCCAACCAGGGCCUUAGCCCUGGCCUUGGCCUUGAUGGCCUCCCCCGGCCCCCGCCCCCCAAGGCGAAGAAGCAUAAAAAGGCUGUGCUCUUUUUUGAGGUGGAGAUUCUGGAUGCGAAGACGAGAGAGAAGCUGUGCUUCCUGGACAAGGUGGAGCCUCAGGCCACCAUAGCUGAAAUCAAGAAUCUCUUCACCAAGACCCAUCCGCAGUGGUACCCCGCCCGCCAGUCCCUGCGCCUGGACCCCAAGGGCAAGUCCCUGAAGGACGAGGAUGUCCUGCAGAAGCUGCCGGUGGGCACCACGGCCACACUGUACUUCCGGGACCUGGGGGCCCAGAUCAGCUGGGUGACGGUCUUCCUGACGGAGUAUGCAGGGCCCCUUUUCAUCUACCUUCUCUUCUACUUCCGGGUGCCCUUCAUCUACGGCCACAAAUACGACUUCACGUCCAGCCGGCACACGGUGGUGCACCUCGCCUGCAUCUGCCACUCGUUCCACUACGUCAAGCGCCUGCUGGAGACGCUCUUCGUGCACCGCUUCUCCCACGGCACCAUGCCGCUGCGCAACAUCUUUAAGAACUGCACCUACUAUUGGGGCUUCGCCGCAUGGAUGGCCUAUUACAUCAACCACCCUCUCUAUACGCCCCCCACCUACGGAGCCCAGCAGGUUAAACUGGCGCUGGCCAUCUUCGUGAUCUGCCAGCUGGGCAACUUCUCUAUCCACAUGGCUCUGCGGGACCUGCGGCCGGCUGGGUCCAAGACCCGGAAGAUCCCGUACCCCACCAAGAACCCCUUCACGUGGCUCUUCCUGCUGGUGUCCUGCCCCAACUACACUUACGAGGUGGGGUCCUGGAUCGGUUUCGCCAUCAUGACGCAGUGUGUCCCAGUGGCCCUCUUCUCCCUCGUGGGCUUCACCCAGAUGACCAUCUGGGCCAAGGGCAAGCACCGCAGCUACCUGAAGGAGUUCCGCGACUACCCGCCCCUGCGGAUGCCCAUCAUCCCCUUCCUGCUCUGAGCCGGCCACGCCGGGCCACCGAGGCCAGCGCCGGGAUAAAGCCCUCCUACCCGCCCGACUCGGGUGCUGCGUGUUC